AUGGUCAAAGCUGCUGAUGCCGAGGCGGUCAGGGUCUCGACUGCCAAGACUCUGGAGAAUGCUGCGUCAUCGAGGAUCAAUUGUCGUCGACAAGGAAACGCCUCCUUCAACUCUGCUCCUCGACCAAAGGAGGAGAAGUCGACCAUGGCACCAAAAUCGAGGAAGGAAGCAGAAACAGAGGUCAGAGGCUGGGGCUUCAACCAUGUCUUUACCUGGAGCGACGGACCCUAUCCCGACGAUCCGAAACCAAAGAAAGAGCAGUGCAACGUUGGUGAUAGAUUCGAUGUCGACGCCAACAAGCGCCAUGAAGUAUGGAUCGGUCCCGAGGGCUGUACCUACGUGAUUGGAGAGUGA